AUGACAACAGCGAGUACAACAGCAAUAGUUGGUGCAUUAUCUUGUCAAAAGAAUUCAUUCUUGAAAACAUUCAAUACCAAAGUUGUUUCCAGUUAUGAAUUUAUUCCGCCUUUAACCUCCAAAGAUAAGCAAAAUAAAAAGUCCAAAUCAAAUAAAACAAAAGAAUUUGGUGUCGAGUUCCAGGACACUAUUUUGUUUCCUGAAGGUGGUGGUCAACCUUAUGACAAGGGAACCAUUACAAUUUUACCUGAAAAUAAAGUUAUUGAAGUUAAAUCAGUUUUGAGAGAUAAAUUAAAAGCUGUUCAUUUAGUUGAUGAAAUGAUUGAACCAGGUACUGAAGUUACUUUAAAUGUUGAUUGGGCUCGUAGAAUUGAUAUUAUGCAACAGCAUACUGGACAACAUUUGUUAUCUGCGGUGUUUGAUACAUUUGGUUUAGAAACUUUGAGUUGGUCUAUGGGUGAAGAAAUCAAUUAUAUUGAGUUACCAGAGAAAAUCAACGAUGAAUUACUUGGUGAGGUUCAAGAAAGAGUGAACCAAUUAAUUGUUGAAGGAAUUAAGAUCACCGUUGUCACUCCAGAUCAACAUGGUCAUGAAGUGGACGUUUCUCAUUUACCAGAUGAUUAUGAUUUGAGUAAGGGGAUAAUUAGAAUUGUUAAAAUUGGAGAAUUGGAUGCCAAUCCAUGUUGUGGUACUCAUUUAACAUCCACUUCUCAAAUUCAGUCCAUAGCUUUGUUACAUCAAGCUCCAAUUAGAGGUGGCCAUUCAAGAUUGUUUUUCACUUGUGGUGCUCGAGUUGCCAAUGUUUUACGUAAAGAACAUGAAAUUUUAAGAAAUGUUGCAACAAACCAAUUAUCAUGUGCUAUUGAAGCUGUUGGUGAGAAAGUUGAAUUAUUGAAUUUAAACACAAGGAAAUCCAACUCAACUAUAAAUGCAUUAUUGAAGGAAUUAGCAGGAUUGGAAGCUAGUAAGAUAUAUCAAAACUUCAAGGACGGUAAGAAAGUUGCCUAUGUUUAUCGUACCGAUCUUCCUGAUUAUUUAACAGCAGUUAACAAGGAAUUGUUAAACUUGAUAAAUGGUGACGAUUCAUCUGUGGAUUUGAGUAAAAAUCAAACUCUUGUUUUACUACACGGGGCUCCUUCAAAUGGCGGCAGCAUUAAGAUCACUGGACCUGAAGCAUCAUCAAUUCAAACAGAAUUGAAGCUGAAACUAACCAACUUAAAAGGUGGUGGAAAGGGUACAUCCUUCCAAGGAAAGAUUACCAAAUUUGAAAAAGGAGAAUUAGAAUCAGUUUUAAAGUAUUUAGAUUCAAUAUGUACAUGA